AUGGAUUUACAGCAACCGUUGAAGUAUAUUCUGUUCAAGAUUUUACGUUCCUCCAAGGUAAAAGUUGAUUCAAUAUUCUUCACACAAAAAUCAGAAACAUCUAAUCAAUUUAACGCUUAUAAAGUUCUUCGGUUUAUCAAUGGUAGAGAAAAUGUAGAAACUAAAGAAUUUGAAAUUAACGAUGAAAACAGUAAGGUUUUUCCCUACUUAUAUGAAAUUAAAACAAAUGGAAAAUAUAUAGAUAGGUUUAGAAUGUUAAUUUUACCAGAUAAAGAAGAUGAGGUGUUUGGAUUGGGUAAAUUCCAUAUGAUAUUGGAGACGGAAACUCCACCAUCAGUAAGUAUUAUUAGAAAACCAGAACCACAAAAUAAAGGGGAAACAAGGAGUUAUGAGUUUUUACGAACAUCAACAGACUUUGAAUAUGUAAAACUAUAUUUUGUUAAUACUGAUUUAUUUACCUCAAUUGAUAUUCAUAAAAAUAAAAAUAUAACAAAUUUAUAA